UAGAAGAAGCGCGAGUUGCCCUGGGUAACAAAGUUCGGUUGGAUUUCAAAUGUCUUUUUGUUCCCUCCAUAUGUGUUCUGUGUUUCAGGUUGACAGCGCGGCACUGCGUAGUGCACUAUGCAUCACUGUGGAGUCAUUUGGGACGCAGCCGCUCCAUAUUUGAUUUGAGCAGUGCUCGCUAAAGUUUCUACUUGUAAUCUGUUUUAUCGUUAAUUACGAAAGACUCAUGGAGCUUCUGCCCAUCCUUGGCCCAGAAGAUAAGCCCAAAGAAAAGCAGUGGUAUGUUCUGGUGCCCCGAGGUGAAGCUCCUGGACUCAGCGUCGGACACACCUGCAUGUUCGUUCCUUCAGCCAGUGAGGGAAAAGGACGGAUCGUGAUUGUCGGUGGGGCCAAUCCAAGCGGCAGCUUUUCACACUCCUCUAUUAUAAAUCUCGACAGACAUGAAUGGGAUAUCCCUGAUUGGGAAGGUCUACAGGCAAGAUAUGAACACUGUAGCUUUGUGUCCGAGCGCGACCCUGAGAGCAUGUGGGUGUUCGGAGGAGCUGAACAGAGUACUAACCGGAACUGCGUUCAGGUUCUACGCACCACAGACAGUGUUCCAUGGAGGACAGUGGAGGUGAAAGGGACACGCCCGAGCCCAAGGACGUACCACACUAACUCGGCCUGUGUUAAAGACAGAUUGUUCGUCUUCUCAGGUGGAGAGACGGGGGCCACGCCCGUGACUGACCCCCAAGUGCACGUCUUUGACACAGUAACCUGCACAUGGUCACAGCCAGAGAGUAAAGGAAAGCCUCCUUCAUCACGGCACGGUCACGUGAUCGUAGCCGUCGGAUCCGUCAUCUACAUCCACGGAGGGAUGGCAGGAGAGAAGUUCUACUCUGAUAUGUUCUCCCUGGAUACAGAGAGCAUGAAGUGGGAACGUGUGAAGGCUAAAGGAGACGUUCCUCCAGGAACAGCAGCUCACUCCGCUGUGGUUUUGGGGAAAAAUGUUUAUAUUUUUGGAGGGAUGACGGCAGACGGAGCAAGCAAUUCCAUGUACAAGUUUCAGAGCGAUAAACAGCGCUGGACUCUGAUGAAAUUCGAAGGUGACCUUCCACCUGACCGACUGGACCACUCCAUGUGUGUGGUGCCUUGGCGGGAAAGGAACGACGUCAGUGUGGCGGACGACAAAACAGAAAGGCGUGAGGCGGAAACGAAGCAUCUGUGCUUCGUGUUCGGAGGCAUGGAUACUCAGGGACUCAUUUUCAACGACUGUCUAGUGACUGUGUUAACAUGAUGCUCUUUAGUCACUUGUUUUUAUACAUAAACACUUGACUAAACCUGUCUGUAAAUGUUUAAAGAUUGAUAAAAUAGUUAUACCUUAAAGGGUGGGUAUAAUUAACUAAUAACCAUAUAAGGAACACAGCCACUCAGGUUUCAGAACAGAAAACAGAGAGAUUUAUGCAUGGUUAUUUUAAAAGUAGUGAAAACACCAAGGCAAAAGGUUGUUUUGUGUAGAACAUUGCUAAAAGGUGUGAAUUUUGUUUAAAAGGUGCUUAUUCAAGAAAACUGAACACGAUAAGGAAACAAGGCUAAAAAUUUAAGUUAUUCUAUGUAAUCAAGUUGGCUGUAAGCCAUGUGUGAUGAGAUUGUGGAUAAAAUGAGUUAUUCCAUUCA